CGCCACUCGAUCAAGAUCAGGUGGUUGAACCUAGUCGAUAUAACCAAAUACGGUGGCCGCUUACGAAAGAAGGGUGGAUUCGGGGUUUUGCCUUCAAAAUAAAAAACUGUCGACCCCAACUCUUGGAUCACCAUUCCCGCGAGGAUCACCAGAUCCAACGGUGCUGUGACUCUCGGCGACUGGAAUAGAUGGGGAAAAAAAAUCAAAGGCCGUGAUCUAUUGACCAGUUGCCAAGAUGAACAACAGGCACAGUGAUCAGUUGAACAUGAUUCGACUAAUUACUAGACCUUCUCUCCCCUCGCCAUUUUUUCUCUCGCAACAGUUCUAGAUCUUCGCUCCCAAUCUCGAUAUUCUUCGUUCUCUCCCACGUGAGAAUUCUCGAUCAAUCUUCUUUGAUUCUCCCUUGAUGCCGAUCGCUAUUAGAUUGGGUUCGAUCAAGAGCUAGGGUUUGUGAGGUUUCUGGAUCCAGAUGGAGGACCAGGCGGCUUCCCGCGAAUCCCUCGGCGUUGAAUCCGCCUCCAAGUUUCCUCCUCCGAGGAGCUCGUCCUCCGGCCACCGGAUCCCCGAAGGAGAGCCGGCUCAGCGCCAGUGGAGUGGGGACUACGGCCUCAGCGCCGGGGAUCGGAGGUUCGCCUUCUCUCGCCAGUCCUCCUUCCGCCAAUCGUUCCACCGGAGUCAAUCCGACCCUCAGACGCCGGUUUCGUCCCAGGGGAACCACUCGUUCCGGCCGUAUCUCUCCCGGAGUGAUUCCAGUAUCAGUAUUCCGCCAUGGGAGAUCGAUGGCUAUGGUGUAGGCUACUCCAAAUUCUCUUUGAAAGGGGAUGGAGAGGGACAUCAGAAGCUCACAGUGCUUCAAUUGAUGUUAUCUUUGGUUGGGGCGAUAAGGUCGGGGAAUCGGCCGAUGAAGCGGCUGGCUUUGAUGAUAUCGCUCAAUGUUGCGUAUUCGACAGCAGAGUUGUUGAUUGGCGUUCUUACGGGGCGUGUAGGUUUGGUAUCUGAUGCCUUCCAUUUGACAUUUGGUUGUGGCCUUUUAACAUUUUCGUUAUUUUCCAUGGCUGCGUCUCGUAGGAAACCUGAUGAGGUCUAUACAUAUGGGUACAAAAGGUUAGAAGUAUUGUCCGCUUUUACAAAUGCUCUGUUUCUUCUUUUUAUGUCAUUUUCAUUAGCAGUGGAAGCACUACAUGCAUUCAUCCAAGAUGAAUCUGAGCACAA